GCGGUAGCUGUGUGUGUGCGCUGCAGUCACGUGGAGUCGGUCGAGUCCUCAGUCUGUCCAAACAGAGCGUUUCAGUCUGUCGGAGCGCCGCUCGGUGCUAAACUAAUCCAUGUUGUUUUUCUAGCCACCCGUCCCUUUAAACUAGACUCUUAUAUCGAAGAAUGAGUGAUAACGAUGAUAUCGAAGUCGAUAGUGACGAAGACUCACCGAGAUAUCACAAUGUGGCAGACAAACGGGCACACCACAAUGCGCUGGAGCGCAAACGUAGGGACCACAUCAAAGACAGCUUUCACAGCCUCCGGGACUCUGUACCCGCCCUGCAGGGAGAAAAGGUUGGUAAAGCUCAGCCUGCAGGUCUGGCAGGCGCACAAAAGGCUCAUCAAUCUGCCAAACAGGCGUCUCGAGCUCAAAUCCUAGACAAAGCCACAGAGUACAUCCAGUACAUGAGGCGAAAAAACCACACGCACCAACAGGACAUCGACGACCUGAAGAGGCAGAACGCUCUGCUUGAGCAACAAGUGCGUGCUCUGGAGAAAGUAAAAGGCUCCACUCAGCUCCAGACCAGCUACUCGUCAUCCGACAGCAGCCUUUACACCAACCCCAAAGGCAGCGCCGUGUCCGCGUUCGACGGAGGCUCCGACUCCAGCUCCGAGUCGGAAGUCGAGGAGCCGCCCAACAGGAAGAAGCUGCGCGUGGAGGCCAGCUAGAGAGCCGAGCCUUUAAAACCCUGGCCAAGGCCGAGGAGGCGGCGGUGCGCGAGGGGAGGGGCGAGAGGGAAACGCAGCCUUCAAAGCUCUCGAGGCUGUUCCAACCCCUCCCCCUCUUUAUGCCAUCAGCCACCACCCACACCCCCCUUUCCUCCUCCUUCUCCACCUCUUUCUCUCUCCUCCAUCUCUGGGUGGGCUCGCACUGGAGACUCAUGACCCCUCAAACCUCCUUUCACCCCCCCGACACAAUCGUCUCUUCUCCCACCCAGUGUCCAAAAACACGCAGGAGGACGUCAGCAGGGUGGAAGAGGACUGCUUCGACUCAUUUAGAGAGCUUCAGGUUUUUCUCCCCGUCCCAUCCCUGUACCGAUCAAUUUUUCGCCCCUCCCUAGAAACGUCAACAAUCCAAAACCCAAAAAGAGGCAGCUUGGCUACUUAAGGACUGGAUGCUUUUUUUUUUUGUACCCUCAUUUAGCCUCUCCUCCUCCUCCUCCUCCCUAGAUUGUUUUUUGGGGGAGGAAGGGUGUGGCAGGCGUACUCCUCCAAGCACUGCGAUAUUAUAUUUUGUUUAUUUUUUGUUAUUCUUGAUUAAAAAAAACCUGUUUAGAAUUUACACACACACACACACCUAGAUAAACGAUCCUGGAGAAGUUUACCUUUUUAAAAUUAGAAAGAAAAAAAAAACAUUUGUAGCUUACUUUUUUUUUUUCCACUAAAGAAUGUGAAGACGCUUUGGAGCAAAUGUUUAAGUGAUACCCACCUCAGGCCCACUGGAUCGCAGAUGUUUCUCUGCUCGACACGUUUGUAAAACACAAAAUUAAUUAAAAAAAAGAAAAGAAAAAAAGCCUCCUUUUGUUGAAAAUUGAUGGUUUGAUGGAGAAUAUUCCUAAACUUGUAUCGUAUUUCGUCCUUUAGCUUGAAGUAGUGAAUGACUUUAGGUGGCUGAAAAACGUUAGGCAUCUCGUUUUAUAUAUUAUUCAAAUGAAAAAAAAAGAAGCUUUGAUUGGAUGUUUUCAAGUUCUAAAGUAUGUUAUGCAUUUUGUAGUAAUCUCACCAGUCAUGGGAAAAUGCCAAUUUGUCACAUGUAGAUUUCCUUAAGGGUUUGAACUAGGUAUUGAAUGUCAAAGGUAGCUCCCGUCUUUUGCAGUACAAGGAGGCGAAACGAGUCCCUGUCGAUGUGUUGUGCUUUACACGGUAAAAAUCAAUGUUGCUGAAUCCCCCGAGGAAAAAAAGGAAGCAUUUUUGCGUGUCUAGGAAACGUGUGUGUAUGUAUAUUGUUUCCAUUUUAUUUCCAUUUAGGAGGAUAUAAUUAGUGUACUAGGUCUUUGUUUGUCCGAUUCCAUUCCAUGGAAAUUACAAGUAUGUUGUACAUACUGCCAACAAUUGUCUUGCAAGUUGAGGCCUACCUUUACUAUGAGACUAUAAAAUAAACUAUUUUAUCCUUUA